GAUCGCCGCUUCUGACAGCCGCGUUGCCGGUGUUUUCGUAUUUCGCGGGAACGAUUUACGGCACACGAGCCAACCGGACAGAGAAAACGAUGAUGGAUUAAAAGACGCGAUACACCUCCCCUCCCCCUCGUUCUUCGUCCCUUUCUCUCUUCUCGCUGCUCCCAAUAUUAUUUCUUUCUCUCCUUUUCUGUCUCUUUAUUUCUUUCUUUCCGCGACGACGUCGACCCGCGCGCGUAGUGUGCCACUGCUUGGGCGUUGUAUCGCCGAGCAGAGCUCCAGACUUCUCCCCUCGUGUCUCGCUGCCUGAAGGCCUAUCCUCUCGCGGCACAACCCUCUUCUCUCCUCUCGUCUUCGCACAGAUCGAACGCGGGCGCGUGUGUGUGGCGCGGCGCGACCGAGUGAGACACCAGGAGAAAAAGAGAAAAGAGUGGUUGCUUUUUAGGCAACGCGCGCUAUACCGCUAUUGUCGCUGCCGCGCGCGACCGCAACUAUCAUCAUCGUCGUCGCCGCCGUUGUCAUCGUUGCCGACUUUCACGGCCGAUUCUCUCCGCUCACCGGUUUCGAGAUAACACGCAGCGGACCUCGCGAUCGUACCCAAGGGACACGUGUGUCGCUACGCUUCGAGGCUCCUUUUUCGACGCGGCAGCCUGCGAGGAAGCGCGGAGCGGAGCGCGUGAAAAAGCGGCGCAGCCUGCGCUCGAAGGAUGCGCUUCUGAAUCGCGAUCAAAGAGGGGCAGGAGGAACGGAACGCACGUGAGCGACGUGUCUAACACGACAAGUGCCGCAAGGUGAAUAGAUAUAACGAUGGUAGAUACGCAACACUUUUGUCUGCGAUGGAACAAUUACCAAAGCAGUAUAACGUCGGCGUUUGAAAACUUAAGGGACGAUGAAGAUUUUGUGGACGUUACAUUGGCCUGCGAUGGCAAAAGCCUCAAAGCGCACCGCGUCGUACUUUCCGCAUGCAGUCCCUAUUUUAGAGAAUUGCUCAAGAGCACACCGUGUAAACACCCGGUGAUAGUACUUCAAGACGUAGCGUUCAGCGACUUGCACGCUUUAGUGGAGUUCAUCUAUCACGGGGAAGUGAACGUGCAUCAGCGUUCCCUUAGCAGUUUUUUGAAGACUGCCGAAGUCCUCAGGGUAUCGGGACUUACGCAACAAGCCGACCAAACAGACAGGGACGAGCUAUCCCAUGUACGCGCGUUGGCUGCCGGUGGUAACCACCUUCCCUUUCACGAAAAAUCAGAAGAGAGUUUCCCCCGGGGUGGUUCCCCGCCCACACCAGUAACCCCGACACCGACGACCGUGCAGCAAUUGCUACGUCGAGCGCAGAUACGCAGGAACGAGAGACGAACACCGGAUCCGCACGAUGAGUCGGCGAAGAAGCCGAGGGUACCGUCGCCGCCUCUCAACAACAACGACGCUACUCCCACGGAUUUCUCGAUGGUGAAGAACAACCAUCUGUCGAGCAAGGUCGAGGGUAACGGCGUGCACGAGGAGAACAGCCCCCUGGAAGACAACAUCAAGUGCGAGCCGUUGGAGCUGACAGGUGGUAACAGCGGUAACGGAGGCAACAACGAAGACUCGUCGGAUUCUGGAGCUGCGGCGUCGGACCGGCCACCCGCGUCGGCCAGCAGUAACGAGCACGAGGCCGAAUCCGAACACACGUCCACCCCGAAUUUUUUGUCCGAAACGAAAAUCUUCCCCACGCCUGGAAGCUUUAAUUUCAGUAUGGCAGCGCUAGCCACGGAGCAUACACCAUUGUCAGUGAAAUUUCCAGGAUUGGGCCACGGGUUGCAACCACCGGACUUGGCAGGAACUUCGCAAGGUACGGGCAACGGGAUGCAUCCAGCACCGUCGACGCCUCCCUCUGCCAUGUACCGGAUGCCACCGCCAACGGCGGGUGGCAUAAACGAGCCUCAGGAAUGCCCGUACUGCCGUCGCAACUUCUCAUGCUACUACUCCCUGAAGCGUCAUUUCCAGGAUAAGCACGAGCAAUCGGACACCCUCUACGUUUGCGAGUUCUGCAACCGUAGGUAUCGCACGAAGAACUCACUCACGACGCACAAGAGCCUGCAGCAUCGUGGUUCCAGCGGUAUGCUCAAGAGGCUGCUGAGGAACACGACGAUUAAGAACGUUAUAGGCAGCAUGCAACAGGCUCAGAUGCAGCAGCAGCCGCAAUGAAAAUGUCGGAACCGUCUUACAGUCUCCCCGUCCCGGACUCUCUGCAUCGUCAUACUCAUCAUUAUCGUCAAGGUUCUCGUCUUCAUGCGAUUUUUCGUCGCUCAUCGUCACCCAUGCGCGAUCGGUCAUCGAUCUUCGCGGACCAAGACACGCUGCGACGCAUCUGGAUGCAUCAGGGAGCAACGAAACGCGCGUUUCCUGCUUACCGAGCUGAUACACGUUCGAAAACAGAGGUCGAGUAAAUCGAAGAACGAGUUCGAAGGUACGAAGCGCGUGGAUCGUGGACGAAAGAAAAGGCUCACCUCGAAUACCACUAAUUGGACGAUCGUCGAAAGGAUCGGCUUCUCUUUGCCGGUUUCCCCCCAUGCUCUUCCAUCGGGGAGUUGCGCGAUCGGCGCCCUCCUCCACGUUCCGUAUUUCGUCAUUUUGUAGUUCUCCUCGAGUCAAGACUGCGAUUAAUCCAAAGAAGAAAGAAGAGAAUCGACUGAGACGUAGUUUUGAGAAAAUUUUCGGCUGAUUGAAGGUUGUCGUUGCGCGCGGGCUGAGAAUACAUUCCAUUGCGUCGGAUUCCAGCCACGCCGAGGCUUGGACCGAUUUUAAAGAGAUCUCGAAUGCGACUAACGCUUUGAAACGUUCUAUCAAGGGACUGGUCGUCAAGGGUCAUGACACCGGACAACGUUCCCACAGGCAAAUAUCAAUUCUGGAAAAAACGAGAACGUAGAAGUCGGUACGACGACGUGCAAGUAGAACAGACCGGAAUAGUCAGACGUAGAGUGGAAUGGUAGAUAUCUGUUUUUGAAGCGCGGUAUUGCCUGUUCGGUGCGUUUGUUUGGUCGAGUCCCUAACAGUCCCACGAAUCAUGUCAAUUUUCAAAUAUCAGCUUGUCAGCGGUUACCGUGCUAGACAAGAUCUGUUCGGUCGUUUUGAAGGUGGGAGGGUUUUGAAACGGCGAUCUCGAAUCGCGCGGCAGGAAAGCACGGAGAAUGCAAGAGCAGCGAAGAACGGAGAUGGUGAUUGAGCGAAGAAUAUGGUGAAGAAAUUGCGUGAAUAGAGAGUGCGUGGAUUAUGCUUGUACGUCUCUGUCGCUAGUUUAGGCGCGCGCAUAUAAACGAGCAAGAGUUUCGUUGUUGGCGUGAAGGUUUACGAGUGUUUGGGAAUCGUAGAUCGAGGAUCUUAGGCCUAAGUGAAAAUCAAUUAAAAAGUCUACAAAUAUGUGCUCAAAUUUCGGAAAUCGGGAAAGAGAAGUAAACGCCGCUAAUUGAAAGAAAAGCGACAAGAAACGGUCAGUUUGUGGUGGUGGUGGGUGGGGAUGGAAAGAGUUUGGGGUUGCCAGGAAAAGGGCGGAAGGAGUAUAGCGAAUUAACGAAGUAAGUCGAGCGGAGCAGGAUAAAAAGGAUUGGAUAAAGAGAGGAAAAUUUCGCGUGGAGACGAAGGAAUAGAUGACGGCGAGUGGGAGGGAGGGAGGGAGGGAGGGAGGGAUGGAGGAGAGUCGUUAGAAAAGUGCAAGUAGAAGUUAGAUAUGGGCUCUUAAACGUGUACAGGUCCGUCGUGCGCGCAAAUUACAGACUAUAUUUUUAACUCUUUAAAAGUAAUAUUUUGAACUGUACAUAUAUUAUAUUCGUACGAUAUUGAUAACGAUGAUAUUCUCUUGUUCAGGUUUUAUAAGAAUGGGGAACGAAUGGGAAGAAAUGAAAAACGGAGUUAGUUCGACGUAGAUAGAACCCACGGCGGGCAGGGCAGUGCAGGCUCUCGCGUCUUCUCUAAUUUCGUUUCGUUCGCGUUUCACGCGUUCUAAUUAGCGAAUGUGCAAUAUUACGAGUAAGGGGGUAAAUUUUAUGGGAUACGGUUCUGGCUCGUCUUGGAAAACGACGCAACGUGCACUCCGGCGCUCUCCAUUCAAGGCGACCAACUUCUUUCCGUCUCGAUCUUUUUCGUUUUUUCUCUUCGUUUGGUCGUGCCGUUCGAACGAGAAAGGAAUCUAGAAAAAGACAGAGGGGAUCUAAUUAGGCCAAAGAAAAGAUACACGGGGUGGGGUGGGGAUGGAAACGAUGAAAAGCAGUGUGGCGUACGAGGAACGAUUUGUGCGAGAUUGUCGAACACUGCCCUGUUCUUUUAAAUCUUCGACACGCAUCCAUGCUAUGUUAAAAAAUAAAAUAACAAACGAACGUACAAGCGAAAAACGGAAUCCCUAAAAAAAGUUGUUCGUGCAACGUAUUCAGGUUUUAGAACUCAGUGUAAAAAAGAAGAAAGAAAAAAAAAAGAGAAAACAUGACGUUUUAUCAUGUAUAAGAUGGUUACAAAGGGAGAAACAAAAACAAACAAAAGAAAUGUCAUUAUAACUAACGAGCAAGUACAAAUUAUCGAAGGAAAAUGAUAAAACAAAUUACGUCUACGUCUAAUUCUUAGGUUCCGUAGUAAUGGGGGAAUAAUGAAAAGAGGGAAAUAUUUAGCGAGACGCGAGGAAUAGAGUAAAUUGCACGCGUCCUUUCGGGUUUUAGUGACGGUAGCGCGCAAGGGAAAAAGAAGAAGCAAAAAAGAAACGAACGAAUAGAAAAGAAAAAGAUGGAAAUUAUAGGACGAGAGAACAAGUUUUCCAAACAUAUCUUCGAAACGAGAAGUAUACCGUGAAUGAGAAAUACGAUUUUAGAUUUAGGUGUCUUCCGAAGAUGGAAGUUUUUAAAAUAAUUACGUAUACAUUUGUAGAGUUUAAAGAGGGGAGAGGUUUUUCGGCGGCCGGUCAAAGCAUAAUGUGGAGAGAGAGAGGGAGAGAGAGAGAGAGAGAGAGAGAGAGAGAGAGAGAGUGAGAGAGUGAGAGAAUGAAAGAAAAACAAAGAAGAAGAUGAAACGUUCCUUUCGCGCAAAAGGAGGCGGGAUUUACAAUGGGCGUCUUUGCUUUCCUAAAAUUUCGUUUCGACUCGGGAAAAGCUUAAAGAUAAUUCGUUAGUGAAAAUUAUCCUAGUCAUUUUGGAAACUUUUUAUAAUUCUGUGAUAUAUCGAACGCGAAGUAUCAAGAUGUAUUUGGCGCUACAAAAUAAAAAGGGGAACAAAGAAUUGGGAGGGUUAAAAAAAAAAAGAGAAAAAAAACACGGGGAGGGAGGAAAAAACUAUUACGUUCCACAUUAUGAUUGCCGGCGUGUGUGCAAAUUGCAUAUAUAUUACAUAAUUGGUUAAUUGAUAUCGGGAAAUUCUGUGAUGUCCUUCAGUUGGGUAUACUAGAUCGAGAAAUAUUAGAGAUAUAUGAAGAAAACAAGAAGUAUACGGAAUUAGGUCGAUGUUCGGUGUUGUGUAAGUUAAUAUUUGUAAAGGAAAAAAGGAGAAAAGCCGAGACUUUUAAUACCGAGAAGAUUAAAAUCAGAUGCUGCCGGGACUCUCGCGAUUGUCCAAACGACCGCUGAUCCGCUUGGAAAUAAAAAAAGAAAGAAAAGAAUUCGUCUGAGGGAAACGGGGGAAGAACUGAUAGCGCAUCGUUGGAAAAUUUGCUGGGAAAACCCGUCUGUAGAAAAAAGUGUCGGGCUUAUUGGCUCGGAAUUAAGAAUCGGUACGAUACCAAAGUGGAUUUGACUGUUAGUGCGAUUAUUUUACUUGUUUCUUUUUGUUUUCUGUUUUUAAGCGAGACCAAAGGCUUUUAAUCGGGUUUCCCGACGAUGCCGCGCGAAAUAUACCGCGUUCCCUGUGAUCAGCUGUCGUCGAGAAAUCGAGGGAAACGCAGUGUCUGGGUAUUUAACAUAUCUCUUCAGGGUACUCGACCCACUGUACGCUGACACGGUGUUGAAUCGAAAAUCUUAAAAAUAGAAAAAAAAAAUUACAAAAAAAAAAGAAGAAGAAGAAGAAGAAGUAAUAAGUAUAUCAUACACACACAAAAUCUAUUCCAAUGUGCCAACGUCUUCGAACUAAAGAAAAAAAGAAAAAAAAAAUACAAGGAACUUUAGGUCUUCUACUAUUUACACGAGAAUCGAGAAAAGGAUAGUAGUUAGCCGCGCGUCGCAUCUUCUUAUCGAGAAACGAAUAUUACCAACAUUAUUACUACCACUAAUCGUUUUUAGGAUUUAAAGCGAAUAUUAUACAAGAUAAUAUCGAAGAACUUUUUCGAACUUUAAUGCAUGGAUUUUCGUCUCGUAUGCUAUUUAAGGGAAGAAACGUAAGGAGUUCUAAAUGGAGAAAAAGAAAAGAGCGGAAGAGUGGGAGAAGAAGACGGUGAAACAGAAAAUGAGAGAAUGGGUGUGAAAGAAGGAACGAAAGGGUGGGAGAGAAAGAGCGGGUGUGAGAGGUAAGAAAGAAAAUAUUUUAAACUAUCUAUUUUUAUUUGCAUUCUAAUAUCUCGUGCGUGUAAAUAUUAUAUAUCGAUAAGCAACGUGUACCUCUGACGUGAAUUGCAGAGGAAAAGGAUAUUGUAAAUGGUACCGGCAUAGGCAUUAUAUCAUAUUGGCAAUGGACUGCGAUCGUAUGAACUGAACGUUGGAAAGGCUUUGCGUCCCUGCGCGGACGAUAUGUGGUUAUUGUUGUCUCAAGAGAAAAAAACGCUGUUUGUAUCAUGCACUUCCUUUUUUUCUUGUCGACCGUGAAUCGCAAUCGACGAAACAAACACAACCGACUUGUCUUCUGCAGAAUUUUUAUACUGUGUGAACCCUGACUACCGAAUAACCGGAUUUAUUGUAAAGGAAAGCUCGUGGAACUUGCACGUGGCGAGUACAAAUCAUUGUAGUUACGAAUCGUUUUACGAUUCGCCACGCCACGCCAAGUUCGACGAAUUUUUCGCAACAACCAUACGUAGAUUCUAGCUUCCGUUUGAACCGUUAGAUCCGUUGAACUUCAUACGCAAACGUUAGUAGAGGUUUUUUAUGUUAGUUGUCACUCUUUUUCAUUUUCGUUUAAUCAACGAGUUGUAUCGCAUCUGAGCCAGCAGCUCAAGUGCUCAAGUUAAUUUCCUGGCGCUGUGACGAAAUACUUUGAUACGAGAAUUUACUUUCGAGAAGGCUGAUUUUUAUAAUUUUUAAACGCGGACGUUUUAAAUUAAGGAGUGAAAUUUAUUUUUACUAAUUUCCAGACUUUUUUUGUAAUCCCUACCGUUUAGGGAGAAAUCGACUGAUUAGGCUGUUUUUUUUCGAUUGGUUUAAACUUUUUCUUGAUCAUGUGAUAUUGUCUUACCAAAGAGCAUCGGGAAAUUGUGAAAACUUCUCGGACUUUCGAUCGAUACCCACCUCGAGCAUGUACAAUCCGAAGAUACGAUGAAACUUUAUCGAUUUUCGAUCGAUGUUUUCCCUGUCUUUUCGGACAGUCGCAAGAUCGUUCUAUAAAGUAUUUAUACAUUAGCGAGCUUGCGAAUUUUUCCUCUUAAAGAAGGUAAACGAUAGUUUCGAGGGUCUGAGAUAUCGCGUAAGUUCGAGAAAGCGUCGCGACUUAUUAUUAUUCUUGGUACGAAAAUUCUUCGGUUUCGGUUGAAAAAGAAACGAAAUUUUUGUAUGAUUUUCAAAAGGGGGAUCAAAAACAAAAAAGUGGAACUACGAAGGGAAAAGAAACGAAAAGUAUAAAGAAACGCAUCUUCGAAUCGAAAAUUUAAACAAAUUGCUUAGGGAUGUAUGAUUAUGAUGAAUUGAUAGAAAAAAAAAGAAGAAAUGAGCGAAAAAAAUAACGUCGAGCAUAGGAGAAAGACUACUUAGAUUUAUUUUUAUUAUGUCUUCAAAAAGACUUUAAAUAUAAUAUUUAUAUUGUGCCAUAAUUAAUAUUAACAAAACCUUAAGUAUAAAUUAAUUGUUACGAAAGUUUUUAAAUUUAUCGGAAGGGGAAAAUUGCAAAAACAUAAAAAAAUGAAUAAGAUGAUGAAAAGAUAUCUCUACUGUCUAUCGAUAAUUAACUGUACGAUAGUUAUUAAGAAAAGAAGUUACGUCAUUUUUAAGUGAAUACUGCAUUUACAAGAGAAGCUAGGAUUAAAGAUAACAACGGUUGAUCACCUCCGCUCAUCAUGUAACACUAAUACGAUUCGUGUAGCGUGCGCCCCUUUUGUCAUUCCUAUCACGAGAAACACACCGUAACACACACACAAAAAAAAAAGAAAAAAAAUGCGACAAAGAGAAAAGAAACAGAAAACUAGCGUAAAGAAAAAACUGAAUGACUCCCGCCGUUUUUCAGCGUAAGAAAUAACGCAUCAGUUUGUUCUUGCCAAAUUUGCGAAACGCCCCACUCCUUUCGAUGCGUGCGACAGAAGCAACCGAGAAUCAUCGACUGGUUUCUUGGCGAUAUUUUUCUGGGUCUUAUUUAUUCAUAAGUUUCUUCAUCAACCGUCCCGGAUGUAAAAGCACGACGAAAGAAACGGGUCGAUGAUAUCAUCAGGGCCGACGUCGAGCGAAAAGGGCAAUGCGUAUGCGAAAGAAAUCGCGAUGGAAGUAGAACGUGCCGUGUAACGCGAUUCGUAUCGAAGGAACGAACAGAAAUUCUCAACGGUGACGAACGCGUCGCCUUUAUGGAUAUCAGAAAUGCAAAACGAUAUUCGGUGAGACAUAGAAUUUUUUCAAAGAAAAUACUAUCUGCGUUGGUAACUGGGAAAGUCGAGGGAGGUGAGCAUUUUCUUCAUCGUUGACAACUCUCCUUCUGUUCGUUCCUUCAAUGGCGCAUACUUUUGCAACUCGGUCUGCAACACGCAACACGGAAACGGCAUCGAAUAUCAUCGAUUCAUUUGAUUCUACAUAUCGUCUCUGUGAGUGUAUUCUCAUAUAGAUGCAGAUCCUCGUGUCAUUUCGAUAUCAUCGGAACCCCACAUUUUACCUUCUGUUCCGCGUAUUAUCACAGAAAUUCUGUCUAUCGUGUCUUUUUGCCUGUUCAACGUUAUCAGUGAUGUUUAUUAUCGGUAUGACUACUACGAACAUUAAAAAAUCAAUCGAUUACCAGGGAUAGUUCAAUCAUUAGUUAGCUCGCGAAGAGAAGAAGAAGAAAAAAAAAAAACGUAAGAACGAUGUACGAUAUAUUUGACGAGGAGUCGAUGGCACGUUAUGUUAACUUUUUAUGUACAUAAAUAUAUAUAUGCAGAUAUGUACGUAUACAUACAUAACACGCAUAAAAUAUUAUAUAGGCCUAUUUUGUAAGGUUUCUCCUUGGUUUUAUUUUUAUGUUAAUCUUUUUUCCGAUUUGUUACAGCGAUUUUUUUUCGAGAGUGAUUGUUUCAACGCGUUAAGGAGAACUUACUGGAUACUUAUUAUUAUUAUUAUUAUUAUUAUUAUUAUUAUUAUUAUUAAUUAUUAUUAUCAUUAUCACAAUUAUUGCUAUUAUUAUUAUAUUACUCAUUGAUUAUUGCUAUUAUUAUUAUUAUUACUCUUGCAAUUAUUGUAAUAAUAAUUCUUAGCACUAGACUUAUUAUUUUUAUUAUUGAUUCUGUCGCGGUUACGAUCGUUCAGAUUUUGUUUCUUUCCUGUUUUUUUUUUUUUUUUUAAAUGUCGAUCGAUCGCGAUGUGUGCGCGCACCGUGUUGCGUAAGAAACACGGGACAAGCUCUGCGUCGCGUUAAACUUUCAGACCUGUUGCGAAUCGCCCACACAUCGUGAACACACGUUAUCGUUUUCUCGCGCUUUUUCAGUUUCUUUAUUGUUUUCAUUAGCACUUUUUUUUUACUUCUUCCUUGUCACGAAUCACGAAGCGUCGAUGGUUUCCAUCCGUUUAUAAGAUUAAUUUUAGUCCCGUAAUUUACAAAUACGAAGCAUAAAUUAUUAAGAGAUAGACCGGGUCGUCGAGCGCAAAAGGAUCCACGUGUUGCGAGCAUCUAUAUAGAGAAAGUGAUACUUUAUACUAUUUUCCUCGGUUCGAAUCUUCUUUUCGUUUUCCGGAACGAAUCACGUGGUCGGCACACUGUGUGUCGCCAAAAGCGAAUUUUCGACUCACCGUUCACGAUUGGUCAUAGUUAUUGUGCACUCUCAUCGAGAUGUAUGCCGUAUUAUUCGUCUUAUGCUCGAUUUUUAAUCUGUCAUUUCAACUUCCGUCGCCUUUCACUCGGAGCAUGACCUAGAGAAAAAGAAAAACGAACAAAAAACAAAAAAAAAAAAAUAAAAAAUAGGAGAGAGAAAAACAGUAACGCAGAAAGAAAUCUUUAUGGAAGGCAAAGUAAAAUGAAAGAAAGAAAAAAAAAAAAAUGAUUCGCGACGUUGUGGAAUCUUUCGUGGACAAUCACGGCCCGACUAUAAUUGUAAUUGUAAACAAAGUGCAACACGCUGCCUUGCUGAACAGUACAAGUACAAAACGAAUACAAAUACAUAAAACAUGUCUUCGAUUUAAUGGAUGGAAAUGAUUCCGGUAGUUAAGAUAUCAAAAGUACGAGAGAGAAAAAAAAAGAGAAAAAAAAAUGAUUUAAAAAAAAAUAAGAUGAAGAGGAAGAACAAAGCGUUUUAAUCGUAGGGAAUGGAAGAGAAAACGAGCCUCCGUUGUAAGCAACGCCGCUGUUCGUCGAGCGUGUAGGAAGAGAGAAAUGCGACACGGCGUGCGUUCGUUCAGAAAUACCUCAGUUGCCGUGGCCUCAGACAUACAAACGCGCAUACGCUCGUUUUAACACGCGUCUUACCUUAUUAUCCGUCGUUAUAUCAGUCGCUGAGAGGCUUUCUUGUACAUUUUUUACUACUUCCAACAUGAACGACACAAUCGAAAGCCCAAAGCAGCAGCCCUACAGAAAAUUCACUGUAACCCAGCCGAGUGUGUCUUUCCUUUCGUUUCUCGUUUCGUUUCCAACGAGGAAGAUGAAUGAAAAUCAAAGUAGAAAGGAAAGACAUCGUUCGUAAGGAUAUUCGAUCGGGCGUCGAACUGUGAGACGCGUAAAAAUCGCUAAUGGUACGUUAGUUCAAAGCAAGACACGUCACUGCCAAACGAAAAAAAAAAGAAAAAAAAAGAAAGAAAGAGUUUACGCGAGGAGAGCCUCCGUUGAAUAGUCGAGACACAAGAGUCACGGAAAUGGAAACGUUCCGAGUCUGAGGCCCGGCAAUAACAGAUUCUCAUCUAAGCUACAAUAGUUGUUGUACUUACUUGUCUUCUAUUUUGUCACUACAUUGUCUGGGUAUUAAUGCGAGCAGGGUGACGCGCGUCGUUCCUCGUUCGAUCAGGUCGCUGGUCGAUUCACAGAUAGAACACGAAGAAAUGAAAACUGUCAACGUAACCGUGAAAGAACAACGCGAAUAUUCACGAUCGAAAAUCGCGGGAAAUUCAUCGAGAAAGAAUGAAGGAAAGUCGUAGGUGUAUGGGAACGUCGCGCGUAUACCGCGAGCGCGCAACAGUCGCCGUAUUAUUAUAUUUUACAGAAUGCAAAGUAUAGAUAUAUAAAUAAAUGAAUGAAUAAAUGAAAUAUAUAUAUUGUUCCGUUAUCGCCGUUAUACCAUCCGUGUAACAUAACAUUGCGAAUAAAUUUGCAGUUUAUUAAUCGACGAAAAAAAAAAAAUAAUAAAAAAUAAUACAAUUCUUCAGUGUGCUCCGUAAACGAUUAACGAGCUUCUUUUUCCACAUAUUAAUGAUAUUAUAAUAUAUCGCGUAAUGCAUAAAUCUAUAUAUAUAUAUAAAUGAAUAGAUAUAUUAUAUAUAUAUAUAAACGUAUUCGAUUGAAUUCUCCGCCCGGUUGUUUCGCCGUCUGUGGAUGCAAACCCCGGGAAACCUUCGUUUCCUGAUUAUCAUUAUAACAAAUGUACCUCUUGUCUUUCUUGCGUAGAAAAAGAAAAAAAAGAUAAUGACGAAGGAAGAGAAGGAAGAACGCGACGGGAACGGAAAGGGAAGAUGGGGAAAAAAAUAGGGAAGAUAAUGAAGAAGAGCGAAGACGAUGAAGAAACCGAUCGAUCGGUGAUCAAUGUGUAUUUAUCGUACGUAGUAUAGUAUAUAUGAAAUUUCGGCGGAGGGACGCUUCGCUCGUAAACUGCGCUCCUGUGAAUUUUUUCGCUGUAAAACGGGAUUAUUAACUAGGGGAUAUUAUUUCGAACGCGAGACCGGUUCAACGAACUUGCCGCAAUCGAGCAUUCCACGUGUGUUGACGACGGACGAGAAACGGAGGAUAAACUGAGGCGUUCUAGCUAAAAAACAAAAGA